AUGACCAUAGAGCCACCCUUGGAUACACCAGAUGAUGUUUCCCACCGAAAAAUCAUACAAGUUUCCCUGCGAACAGGUCCUCCAACAAGGGAAGAGUUGCUCGCGCACUAUCCAGCCAAGUUCACAUGGCACCAGCUCAAGACCUUCGUGAAUUCUGGGGAUCUCGGGCUGCUAAAGCGUAACAAGGCGCUUCAAAAGAGAUAUAACGCAUGGUCUCCAGGAGUCGUGAAGGAGCACGGCUCAUUGGAGAACUACCUCAUCAACCAUCGUCUUCAAUGGGGAAAGCCGGAUACUCUUUCGCUCUUACCCUCAGCACUUGAUAGCGAUAUCAGACUCAAGGAUGUGUCCAUCUCAUCAUCCAAAUUCAAUCAGCUUCUCCCACCGCUUCCCCCAGACGCACCCGAAUAUUUCAAAGCUGAUAUCCCGUUCGACUCGGAGUUCAUCAGUAUCAUUCAGAACGACUGGCCUUACUCCGUCCCUAUCGAGGUCGAACAUACGCUCAUCUGGUCGCGAGUACCCAUCUUCCAUCCAGAUCUCAUCACAGCAGAAGUCGAUAUCCGGAUUCAACAAGAUGGGUUGUGUGGGUUUACAGGCACCAAUGAGCUUCCACCCUCACCGUCCACCCUGCCAGAAUGUCUGCCUGCCCUAGCGGAGUGGGGAAUUACAAUGGAUAAAUUAAUUCGCAGCCCCAGGGGCAAUCCAGAGAUCGAAGAUAUGGUGAGGGAUGCUGGAAGAGAAAUAGAUGGUUUUGUGAAACGAAGGUGGGUGGAGAGGGAAUGGGAGACUGCAUGGUUUGUCAACCCCCCAAGGAUACAAAGCGUUCGUGGACUAGCACAUAUACAUGUAUUCGCAAAGAAGAAGGAAUACUUGUAG